ACAACGAAUUUUAUAAACAUGAACUGGGCGAUAAUUCCAGCAAGAUGUUGUGCUGAUGAAAACAAUGUCAAUGCGGAUUUGGAGCCACAGCGCAGUAGCACUUCUACUAAUGGCAAUGGCAAUCCUGACGAGCGUUGGACACGCGACCGGACGAUCCGGGAGCCACGCAGUUUAUCGGUCCCCGGAUAUGGAUGAUCCGUGGGUUAGCCGACACUUCAGCAGCGAAAGAAGGGACCAAAAAGACUGGCGGGACCUGACUCCGUUGGAGCCGCGAUCUCACAACGAUCCGGAAAUACUCUUCCAACGGCUGGACGACAUGGAGCAGAAGCAGAUAGGGGCUAAGAGCAAAAUAUUAUCUUCUGGAAGGGACAAGAGUGAAAACUUCCUAGUAGACUCCAAAAGUAAUGCCGCCCAUCUGCUCAGAGACGACUUCUCCCGAAUUCCCACCGAUUCAAAUGACCCUGGGAUGUUUGACGGACUCAGUCAGGAGCGCGAAGAUCCCUUCCAGUCCCUGGCCCGGAUGCAUUUCAACGAGGAUCCCCUAAAGCAUUCAAAGGAAGUCAACCAAGAGAUCAAAAGAAUGUUGGGUUAUUACAGGGAAAAGGAGCGAAGGGGAAAGCCGGCUGUCGCCACGGCCAAUCUUCUGGCCGAAGUCAUCAGCUCCAAGGUGGACCAACCCAAUGUGCCGCUGAAGUCCCAGACUUGUCCGGCCAGAAAGAGUCGUCCGACUUCCACCACAAAAAUCACGUCAACUCGUCGGCCGACCACUAGCACCACACCCCGUGGUCCUACCACUUUCUGCCUGCCGGAUCCCACACCCGAAGAUCGUAGUGCCAAGCCCAUGGAUUUGCCUCCUCCCAAUCCAAAACCCUGCCAGGAAAGGGUCAAGCCAAGCAACCCAAAUAACCCAAAGAAACCAAAACCGAUAAAGCCGGAGGCUGCCAAGAUGAUGUUGGAAAUUAUUUUGGCCACCAAGCAGCAUGCUCUUUCGGUGCUGAAGAACCUCAACUACCUGGAGAUGGAGCUGCUGGGUCAGUCGGCAGACGACUGUCCGUGGCAGGACCUUGACCUGGAGUCCGAGUCCAGUGUUAAAGAGAGACCAUCGUUGAAAAAGACGCCUGAGCGACUGGAGAAACCGAAACACCUUAAGCCCAAUACUCGGGUCUUCUCCUUCGGAAUACGACCGGCAAGUCAAAGCGAAAGUCUCUACGAUUUGGCCUUGGCCAAGGAGGAAGAGCUGAAGCUGGGAGAUCGGGUGUGGGAGGAGCACCAGCACCAGUUGAGGCAAAGGAGGCCCAUCAAGCCGAAGAGAUUUGAAGCUGCUCCGGAGGCAGCCGCUCGACUGGAGCCCUUGCAGGAGCCUCGAAGGCCAAUAGAGUCCAUUGACCCCUCGGAUCCCUUCGAUCCCGAGGAACCUUUGGAGCCUAAAGCCCCCGCCGAAGACAGACGCAUUAAUCUCCAGGCACUUAGUGUGGUUGUUAAACCCGUGCCCAGGAAGGAUGUCCUUGACCCUGAAGUCCCCUGGAAUCCACCCCUUAUGUCCCAGGCCGAAGUAAAAACCAUUCGAGUGGAGAGCUCAUUGGAUGACGAACUGCAGCCAAGCAAAGAAAUCCAAAAGAGGAAGAGAAAAAGGAAAAAACACAAAUUUUAUGCCCAGAAAAACCAGCCAACCCCUAAUAGCUAUCCCCCCGGCAUUGCUGGCGUCUUCUAUUAA